AUGAUCACGCCUCACAACCAAAACGGCCUAGACACUCCUCCGGAGGCCCUCGAGAAUCUUUCGGAACCUGUAUCAUAUGCAUAUCAAGACGACUUCUCACAGCACUCAUUACAGACAGUCGCCAACAGCCCUUCUCCAUUUUCACAGUCAAUCUCAUCAGACUCCCCGGCCCACAUGCCCACAACCAAAUCCACCACCUCUCCCGGCUCCACCAUGUCCACUGCAACCACAGCCACCACCCAGCCCAACUCCGCAAUCAGAAAGCGCAAACUGAACACCCUCGCCGCCCGCCGGUACCGCCAAAAGCGCGUUGACCAAGUCACCGAGCUGGAAACGGCGCUGAAGAAUACGCAGCGCGAACGAGACGACCUGAGUGUUCGGGUUGCGCGAUUGGAAGGCGAGUUGGGAGCGUUGCGACAGAUGUUGAAUUCGGGGAAGUAG